AUGACGCCUAAUGCGGCAGCUGGGAUGGGCAGAGGUUUACAUCAAGAGAUACAAGAGGUCACUGCACAGAUGGAAAUGCUGAAGGUUCCAGAACUUAAAGCUAUCUGUCGGUCGAUGUCUCAGCCGAUUGCAGGACGAAAGGCGGAUUUGCAAGACCGCAUAAGAACCUUUUUGAAAGAUUCAUGCACUAUAGGGAACUUAGAUCCAUGGAGACCCAAAGCAGUGCGAAUAUUGAUUGAAAAGUUGAAAUUGGGAGAGACUCUACCCAAAUAUGAGGAUCUUUGGAAAACGCUGAGGACGGGUGCGUAUUAUCAUCCAGUGGCUACGGGCCAUCAGCCCGUGAGCUCUUUAGAGCAGCCGUCUAGGACGGCUGGAGCACCGUCUCAGGUGGGACAUGGAUACGCAGCAUGGCCCAGCGAGGUAGCGAGAUCAGAAGCUCCCAAAGCUGCAGCAGCUAAACGCCCAUGUCUCUAUUUCAAACCGACGCCAUUCUACAAGUUGAUCAAACUGAUACCAGAGACAGCUCAGAAGAUCAAUAUUACUUCGGUUAGAGGCGCUUGCAUCGCCAAAUUUAAACUAUCGAAGGCAGAUUGGACGAUGCUUGAAUCUGAUAAGAAGUAUAGACUAUAUCUACUAUGUGGAGCAUACGGAAAUGCUCCUUCCGCCGCUGGCGAGUACAUUCAAUUCCCGCAUCCCAAUGAGAUAAGAUUCAACAAUGUACAAGUAAAGGACAACGUACGAGGUUUGAAGAAUAAACUUGGUACUGCGAAGCCAGCCGAUUUGACCCCAUAUCUGAGGCCGUAUCCACAACAGAACAUACUGGAAGUUGUGUACGCGUUCACCAAGAACGAAUACUGCAUAUAUUGCUAUAUCGUGGAGGUGGUGACACCAGAGCAUCUGCUCGAGGAAGUACUUAAAAGGCCGAAAAUAAUAAAAGCGGCAACAUUGAAUUAUAUCAAGAAAUGUUUGAGCGAAGAGGAGGACGAUCUGAUAACUACUUCGACAGUAAUGACUUUGCAAUGUCCCGUUUCCUAUACACGAAUGCGAUACCCGGUAAAAUCUAUCAUGUGCAACCAUUUGCAAUGCUAUGAUGCUCUUUGGUAUAUAUACUCACAGUUGCAAGUUCCAACUUGGCAAUGCCCCGUUUGUCAGAUUGAUAUAAAAUUGAGUGAUUUGGCCAUUUGUGAGUAUGUCGAUGAGAUUUUAAAGAAUUCUAAUGAAGAUGUCGAGCAGGUAGAACUGUCGACGGACGGCUCAUGGAGGCCAUUGGAGGAAGAGUCGAAUAAACCAAAAGAAUCAUCAAAAGCAGCAGACACAGUUGUAAAAAAGGAAUUUAGCGAAGACAGUGACGAGAAUGAUGUGCCCUUGUCAAAGCUUGUGGGAAAUAACUCGAUGACGGGAACUCCUGCCAACGAACCGGUAGUUAUAUCACUUGAUAGUGAUACUGAAGAGAAUACGAAUCAUGAAACAGAACAAAAUGCCAACAAAGCCACUGUACAAAAUACACAUAAUACCAACUCAAUACCGUCUGGCGGUUGGUAUAUGGACCAUGCACCCAGUAUCUCUGGUCCCACUUUAGAUCCCAGAGCACAUGGAACUAAUACACCAACGGUUCCUCGGCAGAUGAUGGAAGCGAAUGAGAACAGUCUCUCAUUUGUAAACCGCACCCAACAAAUACCCAACAUACUCGGAAAAACUCCACUCAAUAAUGGUGAGCUACAUCAGGAGGCCUCUUUACCCGAACCUGCAUCACCCACUCCCAUUUCAAGCAAUAGGGGACAGCAAACUCCUGCCCUCUCAGCAAGCGAGAGUCCUAUGGGUCUCGAAGAAUGCAAUCCUCAGAUAUCUGGCGCGGAUGAACUGGCUGCAUCGCCGCCUAGUCUUCGACGACCAUCCAACCCACAAACGACGUCGAUACUAGGGCUGACCGGACAGGUAAUGAGACCGCCAGAGAUCCGAGGUUCCAUACCGCCUUUGACGAAUAAUAAUGGCGAUUCGAGGCCUGCAAACGGGAGUCUGCACAAUGGACUCGAAUACAAUAAUCUCAUUAACGGAAAUGAAAAUGCGGCUGAAGUUCCUCAACUUCCACCCUUGCCCUCACGGCCUCUCGCCUCUAACAUAGGCAAUGCAAGAUUAGACAGUCCUGUGCAGGGGAGCGGUCCAUUAGCAAGUCCGACCGGCGGCCCACUUCCUCCGGCGCACCCAAGAGGCAGAAGGCCCAUCGUAUCGCCAUUCAUACCGAAAAAACCGUAUCUGAACCUUUUACCCCAGAAAAGACAUAUAGCAAACACCUCACCUCCUUCUCCCAACAGUUUUGGUGCUGAACCACACGCGCUGGGUACCUCAGCAUCUGAAGGGUUGAUGCGAUCGGACGAUGUCAUAGACUUGACAUCAGAUUAG